AUGGCGACAACAACUGGCAAAAUUUGUCGCGUUAAAUGUAAAGAAGCCAAAGACACACUGAAAUCUGCUGGAUCUUCCAAAGAUUUUUGUUUUAAUCACAUCAAUGAACAUUGUAAUGAAUUAAGCAAACAGUCAGCAUCAUCACUACGCAAUACGAAUCUCAAUGCGAAUUCAAAAUGGACCCAGCAUGGUGUCACUGUGGCUGGAGGAAAUGGACAAGGUAGUGGAAUGCAUCAACUCUCCAAUCCGUGGGGUUUGUAUGUGGAUGAUGAUCAAAAUAUCUACAUUGCUGACUGGUCGAAUCAUCGUAUUGUAGAAUGGAAAUGUAAUGCGACGACUGGUCGAGUUGUCGCCGGUGGAAAUGGUCAGGGAAACAAACCUGAUCAGUUGAACGGUCCAUAUGAUGUUAUGAUCGAUAAAAAAGGAGAUAGUGUUUUCAUUUGUGAUUUCAACAAUAAAAGAGUUGUUCGAUGGUCUUGUGAAAAUGGUACAAACGGAGAAACAAUCAUCUCAAAUAUUGGAUGUUUGAGCUUGACAAUGGAUGACGAUGGAUUUCUCUAUGUUGCUGAUCGGGAUAAACAUGAUGUCAGACGAUAUCGGAUGGGAGCGAGUCAAGGAGCAAUGGUUGCAGGUGGAAAUGGAAAAGGAAAUCACCUUGAUCAGGUGAAUUGUCCAAGAUACGUAUGCGUCGAUCGAGAUCAUUCAGUGUACUUAUCAGACGAUUCUAAUCAUUGUGUAAUGAAGUGGAUGAGAGAUGUGAAACAAGGCAUUGUUGUGGCUGGUGGUCAAGGUGAAGGAAGUAGUCUUACACAACUAUCAUAUCCUUAUGGUAUUGCCGUGGAUCAAUCAGGUACUGUCUAUGUGGCUGAUUGUUCAAAUCAUCGAAUAAUGCGAUGGACUGAAGGAGUCACACAGGGAAGUGUCAUCGUCGGUGGAAAUGGUAAAGGAAGUCAGUCGAAUCAACUCCAUUGUCCCAUCGGUUUGUCAUUUGAUCGAGAGGGCAAUCUCUAUGUAAGUGAUAAUGGAAAUCAUCGAGUACAAAAGUUCAGCAUUGAUCGAAGCUGA